AUGGACAAGUUACUCCUUCGCUUCAUUGCCGGCUCUCUCCAACCUCUUUCAGGGGUUGAGGAUGCUAACUUUGAAGCUCUUCUUAACAAGGCCCAGCCCAGCUACAGCAGCCCAAGCCGCAAGGAGCUCAGCAGCAAGCUUCUUCCUUCGCAAACUCAACAACUACAGGAACAUCUCAAUAAGAAGUCUUCUUCUGUUGGUUACGUCUGUGUUACACCUGACCUUUGCACAAACAGACAGAUGCGGUCGUGCACUGGGAUCACGUGUCACUUCAAUGAUAACUUCCAGCUCCAAUCAACACUGUUGGCAUGCACAAGAUUCAAAGGGUCCCACACUGCACAAAAGAUCCAUGCCACAUUCACAGAAAUCAUCACUAGCUUUAACCUACAAACAAAGAUUUUGACUAUUGUAACCGACAGUGGCACCAAUGUGCUUAAGGCACUCGUGACACUUCCCGGUGUGGACGAUGCGAACACUAAUCAAGACAGUGAAGGCGAAGAGGAGGAUGACACCUUUCACAUUCCUGAUAACAAUGACAACUUGCUGCAGCUAUUGCCUGGCCAUGUCAGAUGUUUUGUUCACACUUUACAAACUACUGUGAAAGAUGGGCUCCAAGAAGCAGGGCCUGUCUCAGGAGUCACUGGACAAGCCUCACGUCUAGCGUCACACGUUCGUCACUCUGCACUGCCAUCUGACAUUGUCCAAGUCAGUGCAGACCUCGGGACAAAAAUGCAACGCGAUGGAACACCAGUAACAAGAUGCUUCGCUAACCUUCUCAAUAUUGAUCCAGCCAAGCUUCAUCAGCUAAACUGUCCAGUAAAGAUAACCAAAUAUGAACUUAAUCUCAUCAAGCGGGUAACAGACAUCUUGACACCAUCUGAAGUAGCAACUCUAGAGUGUCAGGGAGAGAAUGUUGUAACGUCAAGCAAAGCAAUUCCGUGCAUUCGUGGACUGAAAGCUGAGCUUGAACAACCGUCACAGACACACGAGUCAAAGGUGAUUACUACUCUCAAAAGCUCCAUCAAGAAAACACUGAAGAUCUAUGAAGACAAGGCGAUGUUUCAGCUGGCUUCACUCCUAGACCCACGCUUCAACAUGGACUGGUGCUCACCACAACAAGUCAUGUUCAUCACAUCCCUACUCAAGUCUAAAGUACAUGACAUUAAGUCCACUGCCACUGAAGAAAAGGGUUCCCUUCAGGAAAAUAAGGAGGCCCCUACAAAGAAGUGCAGGCUGUUCAGAUUCAUGACACCAUCAGCAUCAACGAGCUCUUCCCUCUGUACAUUAACAUCAACUUUAUCACAAGUACAAUCCUACCUGAGUCAGCCAACAACAGAGGAUGACAGUGACCCCCUUCUCUUCUGGGAACAGAAUCAGUCACCAUUACCUCAACUAGCUAUACUGGCUCUCCGAUAUCUGUGUAUCCCACCAUCAUCAGCUCCAGUUGAGACACUUUUCUCUCUUGCUGGGAAAGUCUUUCGUCCUGAACGAUGCACAAUGAUCGAUGUUCGCUUUGAGGAGUUGAUGUUUAUCAAGUGUAACCAACACUUAGCAAAUUACACAUUACAUGACAAAUAA